AAAAUUUUUACCUCUUUAAACGGAAAACAAAGUGACGCAUUCGACGUUAAGGAUUUGUAUCAAACAGUUUGUGUAUUUUGGAGGAAAGGCAAUCACCUUGUAAAAUGACAAAUACCAGCCGCUUCAUAUUCCUUCUGUGUGUAGUAACCAUUGUUGAUUCUCAAAUUCAAACAGCGAAGAUGAAAAAUUCAGACCUUACAAUUGCCAGUCAAGAGAAAAGUCGGUGCUUGGCAGGAGCAUGUGCUGGAAUUCCUUAUGAAAAGAUACAAAAUUUAUAUCGGGGGAUAUUUUACACAAAGAAUGAACUGCAAAUGAAACUGAAGGAAUUAAAUUCUUACACAAGCCGGACCAGUCGGAGUCCAUUAUGGCAGAAAAAAUUAAGAAAGCCUUACGACUAUUCCUCGCGCUUUCGAAUAAAUGCGGGAAGUCAUGACGGAGACCAUUGUUGUCCUACGUAUUGUGAUUUGAUUUUCCCUCCCGUCUUAAAUAACACGGUAGGGGUGCCUCGUUACAUCGUUCAUUUCCCCGACAGUCAACCAGAACCAAUGUAUCAAUUCAUACCCAGGGGGAGAUGUGUAUCUGGAGGAAACUGUAAGAGCUGUGAACAGGAGUAUGCUAUCCACUCUCUACUCGUGAUUGAUAUGACAGGGCCCCCUUAUUUCGAGUUUGACGACUUCUACCUAAAAAGUUAUUGUUCCUGUAAAGGUUGA